GCAGCAGAAGGUGCGACUGGUUCUCCACUUUUGGAUCAUUUCCUCUGAUUGAGGAGUAUCUACAAUGUACUACAAAUGCUGUUGUACGAAUUUAUUCUAGUGAUUAUUCAUCAUUCUGUAUGCAGCAAGACAACAUUACUUGGAUUAUGAAUAAUACAAGAGAGAACACUGAUAAACUAACAGAACUAUACAAAAAAUAUCCACAUGCCAUCAAAGAAGUUUACAUGAAAACGUUUGGUAAUCAUGAAACAGAUCAUCUCUUGCGAGCCAUUCUUUCAGAAUGCAAAGGAUUAGAAAAAUUAACUUGCGAGAAAAUCGGUGAGGCUUUUUCACCAAUCGAGUCUCCGGUAUCAAAUCAGAUCCUGAGCUCCUCGUUGAUUGCGUUAAGGUUGAUUGUCACAGAAAUACAACCAGAAGCGCUAUCUGUUUACUCAUAUGCCUUUCCAGAAUUACGCAACUUGAUUAUUGAAAGCUUUUAUUUUGAUGAAAUACCGCCCGUAUUUGAAAUAGAUAUGUCCAAGGCUAAAUUCAGUCACUUGCAAAUACAUCUUGAUAGUGAUCUAUUCAUUCCUGAUGGAUGUGAAAGUGAGGUAAAAGAAGUAGUUCUGGAAAUCACUUCACAAAAGUCGAGUCCCACGCGAUUUUUGACAAACUUUGCUGCACCAAACCAGAUGAAAGAGUUUACUGCCAACAAGGAAUACGGACGCAAGUUUGUGAUUAACUGUGCUGAUAUUGAUUUUCUCAGUUUAUCAAUUGACAAAACGCACGUGCUUAAAAAGUAUCAAUUGCUUUUGUAAUAAUAAAAGUUCAAUACGUC